AUGUGGUGGAGUAGUAUUCAAAUUAAACAAAAUUGUUCUCACAAGGAAAAGGAUAAUUGUUUUAUAACAAGAGCUGCUUGGUUAUCAUCGGAAUUGAAUGUACAUUGUUUAACAGCAAUAAUUAUUUUAGUAUCUGAAGGACGUUUACCACCUUGUGCAAUUAAUACACAUCUUUUUAGCAGUCAACUUUGCGAGGCGACAUUCCGUAGCGCUCGGGCAUUGACCGGAAUUCUUUCGACCGUAACAAACUUCUCUGUGUUCACUUUUUUACAAAAAAUUGGGAAAAUUUCUAUUGUGAAUGAAACAAAAUCUACAGAAGAGGCAAAUUGUGCUGCACAUUCAUUAAAAUUUCCUGUUCAUCACAAAAGUCGACAUAGAAAAACAACAAUGUCUGCAAAUACUCCUAUUACAUCAACAAUAACAACCGAUGAAAUACAAAAAAAUAUUAUUAAAGCCUAUCAUCAAGCAGAAUCUAUUAUGGAUAGUUUACAAUUAACCAAAAACACUAAAGGAAAACAAUUUAAAUGA